AUGGACAAGAGGACAGCACCAUAUGGCGGACCAUACAAAAUAGUAUGCAGGGAGGGCAACGGGUAUUUUGUCUGUAACCCUGAUGGGACUAACAAAGCCCCCGAAUAUCCUAUCUCAGUCAGUGCUGAGCUAAUUGGACUCGUAAAAAAGGCCAAUGCCCCGGAAGCAUUUACCUCCAACAAUCACGUACAACCAACCGAGGAGACUCAGUUCUCCUCGAUAGUCGACCACAGAAGGUCCAUCCGAGGUGAUGGAUUCCAGGAGUACCUACUGCGUUGGACUGAUGGGGAGCGUAUCUAG